CGACAAACCAUCAAAUGAACGAAUUUGACCGCUAUAAGUGGAUUAUUAUUCGCAGCAGCUGUAAAUACUCACGAACACCCACAAGACUGGACCUACGCUCUUGUUGCAGGCAAUCCGUAGUCAAGCACUCUAAUCCGCUGUGGUUAUUGGGUCCUUCAGCGAAAAAAAAGAAAAAAACAUCAGUCAGUCCUGAUAUAUCACUGGCGGUGGUACAGGUACAGCAGCACUGGCGCCAGUCUGACAGAUCUUUUGGUCUUCUGAUAUGUUCCGCCGUUCUGGGCAUAUUCUCAUUUCAUCUCGUAACGUCCUUCUACAACUUCGUCCAUUCACUUUCACUUCGGCGACAAACUUGGGCGAAAACCGACCAGGAACGGACUCUGUUUCAGGCGCGGUGUCACAUUCCAUUGCAGAAGAAACUCAAGAUGUCGCUUCCAUAGACAGUCUUUUCGAGGCCGUCAGAAAGAGAUCCAAUCCUGAAUACAACUCGCUUGUACCAAUCAGACCCCGUAGACUCUGGUCGGAAGUCCUAUUGACAUCAGAACCCACCUCUAUGGCAACCUCAUCAUCAUCGAAUCAACCCCCAGACUUAACACCUCGCAACAUGCACGACUCUUAUACAGAAAUCGUUCUCCCAUUUAGCUCUUCGACCGAGUUGUACGACAAGUACACAAACGCUUCCGGAGGUAUUAGAACCGGAAAGCUCAUGGAACAUCUCGACUCCCUCGCGGGUUCCAUAGCGUACAAACACAUGUUGGGUCCGGGAGUGCAGACACUGGGGAAAAUACACGAGCGAGGUUUUUAUAUCGUUACAGCUGCCGUCGAAAGGCUUGAUAUGCUCGGUCAGUUAAACCCUCAGCGGGAUCUCCGGUUGAGCGGUGAGGUGAUAUAUACCGGGAGAAGCUCGAUGGAAGUCGUCGUCAAGAUGGAAACGAUGCCGGGAAGUCUCGAAGAAAAGGAUGAAACCAUCAUGUUAGGCCGAUUCUCCAUGGUAUGCAGAGAUGCCAACACUCACAAGGCGCGACAAGUAAACCCUUUGAUGAUCUCCACGCCAGAGGAGAAAGCGCUGUACGCGAUGGGCGAAACCUUGAAGGCGAAACGCCUAACAAACGCCCAGCGCUCCUUAUCGCGGGUUCCUCCCAGUUCAGUUGAGGCAGCAGCACUGCACUCUUCCUACCUCAAGUACAGCCAACAGAAAGAACAUCAGGAAUUCGACGAUGAUCUUGUCUAUAUGAGCGAUACGAGAGCAGAGAAAUGUAUGCUUAUGUUUCCUCAGGAAAGAAAUCUCCAUGGAAAGAUAUUCGGAGGUUAUCUUAUGAGACUGGCGUAUGAACUCGGUUUCCUGAACGCUAGUCUGUUCAGUAAAGGCCCUGUACGCUUCCUCGCACUCGAUGGCAUCUCCUUCGCCCGCCCGGUUCCGAUCGGGUCCAUUUUACGCUUGACUUCCUACAUACUACACUCCACGAGUUCAGAACACUACCCGAUGCUAAUCCAUGUUGGCGUAACAGCGAAUGUUGUGGACAUCGAAACGGGGUCUGAACAGAUAACGAACGAGUUCAGAUUCACAUGGUGCAAGGAGCACGGCACUGAAACUAGGAAAGUAGUUCCUAGAACAUAUCGGGAGGCGAUGCUGUGGUUAGAGGGGAGACGUGCGCUUGAAAUAGGUGAAGCGUUCAGAGGACUCAGAACCAUACACCAUUGAGUUGAGAUCAUCGCCUGUGCUGAGUGACGUUGAGUGUGCUCUAGCUAGAUAGAUAUUGUCCAGUCCUGAUCGAAUUCAUCAUAUCAAGCGUGUAUUAGCACAGCCGAGAUAGAAAUUUCGCGGAGAAAGGCGAUCACAGCGCUACACAACGUAUCUGAAAGCGAAAGUGGGAAGAAUAAGCCU